CAGCAGACAAACAUGACGGCGAAAAUGGCUCCUGUACCGAAUGCCCCAUGUGUGACGAUCAUGAAGGCUUUUUUUGUGCUGGGAAUACUGGUCGUCCUGCUGGGCGCAGAUGCAGCCGCAGAACAACGACAGCGAGGGAACCGAACACAGGGGCGGUUUACCAGGAGAAGCACAAGCUCAAAACAUAACAUAGAGACUGCAAAACUGAUCCUUAACCCUCAAGUCCUGUCUGAAUCUCCCCCACCCAGCAAUCCAUUCAACAACUCCUUGUCACCAUGGGAAUACCGCCAUAUCCAUGACAACAACCUGUUUCCUGACUACAUCGUCCAGGCGGAGUGCCUGAAAAAAGGUUGCUUGGACUCUGAUGGAAAUGAGGACAUGAGUGUGGAGUCCAGACCCAUCUACCACCAAAUAUUAGUCCUGCGGAGAGUGAUGGGGAAUCCCAAGAAGCAGCUGAACUUUCGACUGGAGACUAAGACUAUCAAAGUGGGCUGCACUUGUGUUCGCCCCAUUGUCCUGUCUCAGAAGUAGUACUGCUGGAAGUGGGACAGCUCACUGGAGCAAAUCCUGGAGUUCCACUGAACCUUUCGUGGUGCCUUCCUGUGGAACACUUGUUAGUCUUGUUUAAAUAGACCUCUCAGAUCUUAACUUAUAUUAAUUUAAUGUUAUUAACUGUCAUAGGAAAAUGUUCUAUUGCACAUAAGACAUAAAUAUAUUUAU